AUCUACAGCUGGUACGAUGAAACGAGCUACUAAACCUUUAUCGGAUCGCAACCAGCCCCGUCCUACUCAAAAACCAUCUAAAAAAUUAGGAUGUAAAUCUUACCUGCGAGUAUUGAAACAUGAUAAUGAUAAGGGAAAUGCAGUUCGUGUUGUUCAUUACGCAUUUCAUAAUGGACACACUCCUGGUGUUGAUGAAGAUUUACGGUAUUUUCAAUUAUCCCAACAGGCAAAAAAAUGGAUACGUGCAAGAGCAAAAGAUGGAAUGAAACCUUUUCAAAUUGUGUCGAUGUUUCACCAGCGUAUUAAUCAACUUCAGGAUGUGGAUAAUCUGAGCUCCUUGACCUUAAUGCAAAAACGUGAUACAUAUCUUUCCUAUAUUGAU